GUGCAGUUUGCGCUGUCUCGCCAGCAUCAUGACGGCGGCCAAGGGGAAGACCGCUUUGCAAGACUUUUGCAUGUGAUUAGGAGUUUAUCCCCAACAGUCUGUGAAACUGGACUUGACGCAUCAUUCAUAUUCGGCUUCAAAAUGCUGGUGCCUUUUAUUUGCCAUUUUUCUAAUGCAGCCCUGCAGAAUGUCCAAGAUCAGGCGGAAGGUUACAGUGGAGAAUUCAAAGACCAUAUCGGACAGCAGCAGUAGUACGACCACCCCCUCCCGCAGGCCCAGUGUGUUUGAGAGACUCGGGCCCAGCACGGCCAGUAAUGCAGCAGAGACUCAUUGUAGAAACUGGUUAAAGACUGGGAACUGCAGUUACGGUAACACGUGUCGGUACACACAUGGAACCCCAUCACGAGGAAAAGGCUUCUCUGGAACGUUCAGCAGGUCAGCCGAGAGGCCCCCUGGGGAUCUCAGGGAGAGGAUGAAGAAUAAGAGACAGGAUGUAGAUGGUGACACACAGAAAAGAGACGCAGACGAACCCACUUCACCUACAACCAGACAGCGAGAUUCAUCCCGAGGCAGACACAGGGAGAAAGAGGAUAUUAAAAUCACAAAGGAACGCACUCCUGCUAGUGAGGAGGAUACAGCAGAUUGGGAAGCCAGUCGUGAAGAUUCUGAUAACGGUGAUUACGAUUACGAGUUAUCUCUUGAAAUGAAGAGACAGAAGAUUCAACGUGAGCUGAUGAAGCUGGAACAGGAAAACAUGGAAAAACGAGAGGAUAUCAUCAUCAAGAAAGAGGAACCAGUCUCCAAGACCAGGACCAGUAGUUCUUCUAAGGACAGGGCUUCUCCUGAGCACACCAGUUCUAAGGGUUCACCCUCAUCCCGUAAAUCCAGCGGCUCACCCAAACAUAGAGCAGGGAAAGGUGGGAACUCCGGCAAGAAAGAAAAAAAGUCCUCCACUUCCUCAGUCAUCUCCUCUCCAGUGUCUGACCAGAACAGGAUAGAGGAGACAGACAGCAGGUCAUCUAAGAGUGGCCAUGGAAAAAGAAAAGGGCCACGGACACCCAGUCCUCCUCCACCUGUUCCUGUGGAGAACCCAGUGAUUGGGAAGAAACACAAAAAUAAACACAAAAACAAGGAGAAAUCUGAGGACAAACCUAAAGAAGGCAAAGAAAGAGGACGAGAUGUGGAGAAACACAAAGAGAAAAAAGAAAAGCGCAGGGACCGAUCAGAUAGUUCCCAUAAAGCCAAACGCUCAAUAACAUCAGAGGAACGUUCUGGAAGCCUUUCCCCACCCUCCAGGGAAGUGUCUCCCCCAACCAGAAGGAAGUCAUCAUCCCCCAAACCCACCUCCCAAAAACAAGCCUCGCAGCAGAGGUCUAGAACUCCACCCCGUCACCGCCGCAGCCCCUCCCCUCCCUCUCGACAACACCACUCUCCCUCUUCACACUCUGGCUCCUCGGCUCAGAGACACUCCCCAUCCCCUCGCCACAGACGGGGUUCUGUCUCUCCUCUUUACCGAGACCUUCCUCCUCCAUCCUCAUCCUCACCCCCUCCCGCUCAGUCUUCACGUCGCUCCCGCUCUCCACUCACCCCCCAGAGAGACCCCUCACCAACACCCGCCCAUCGCAGGUCCAGCCCCAGUGCCAGUCACCGCUCGCAGGGCAGGGAGAGGGGGAGAGCAGAGCGAGACAGGAGUCCAGCACUGCAGGAGAGGCGGCAUGAGCGCAGAGAUGAGAGCCGCGGGAAACGUGAGAAAGACAGCAGCCGUGAUGAGCGGGACUACGAUAUUGAGCAGAGUUCUUCCCGAGAUGAGCGUGAUUGCAGGGACAGCCGAGACCGCCGCAGUGAACGGGAUAGACGAGAUGUCCGCGAAGAGCGCCAGCACCGCGGGGAGGUCAAAGACACUCGGGAUGCCCGUGCAGCAGAAACGCGAGACCGCUCAGGACGGGAAUCCCUGGAGCAUAGGGAGAGGGACCGGGAAAGAGAAAGAGAGAGGGAAAGAGAGAGAGAAAGAAAUGAACCCCAUAGAAAGAAGGAAACAACAACCCAAGAGGAAAGGAAUUAUGGAAGAGGACAUGGAAGGGAGGAAAUGAGAAAUGAGAGCAGAGUGGACAACAGGAACGAAUCCCGAGCUGAAAGAACAGGCAGAGGGAGGGGCCGUGGAUCAGACGCCACAGAGAAAGGUACAUCUCGUGGUGGUAGAGCAUCACAGACUGACGCUAGCAGUGCUAGUGGGCAUGACAGCUGGGAGUCCCGCAGCAGUGGUUUGAGAGAGAGGAGCUCAGAGAGGAACACUGAUCGUGAUCGCUAUGACAACGACAGACCGAGAGGAGAACAGCCCAGAGAUGAACGGCGGGGAGGACAUGCAGAGAGAGAUCGCCGUGACAACAGAGAAAGAGAACAAAGAGCGCCCUCUCCUGGCCGCCAGCAGAGCCGCGGCGAGGACCUUGAGCGUGAAGAAAGGAGAGAUGAUCGAAGGAACGAUCGAGGGGAUGAUAGACGAGACGACCGCACCCGUGACAGAGAGAAGGACAGGGAAAGAGAGAGGGAACGGGAAAGAGAGAAGGAGAGAGAGAGGGAGAAAGAGCGGGAAAGAGAGGCUGAAAGGGAACGUGAGCAAGUCAGGGAAAGGGAGCGGGAGAGAGAGAAGGAAAGGGAACGAGAGAGGGAGAGGGAGGAGAGAGAAAGGGAGCGGGAAAGAGAGAGGGAGGAGCGGGAAAGAGAGCGAGAGGAGCGAGAGAGAGAAAGGGAACGAGAAAGAAAGGAGAGGGAACGGGAGAGGGAGCUAAGAGAGAGGGAAAGGCAGAGGGAGUGGGAGGAGAGAGAGAAAGGGAGGGAAGAAAGGCGGGACAGAAGAGAUGAGCCACGAGACGACCGCUCUACCCGAGAUGCUCAUGAAGAGAGAAAGAACAUCCGUAAGAGACAUCGUGCUGAGAACACUCCCAGUCCACGGCCAUCUCCUAAAAGAGGGCGAGAGGUUAGCCCUGCAGACAGUGACGGUUACAACAGCACUGAGGAGAAAGGCGAAAAGCACCGACUGCUGAGUCAAGUGGUUCGUCCUCAGGAGACCGCUCGCUCACCUGUCCGCUCCUUUACUGAUGAAAAACCCAAUCGCUGGAAGGAUGAAGAGCGGCGUGGCGAUAAAAAAGAAGGCCGUGCCCGACAUGAGGAGGUAGAUUCCCGUGGUGAGAGAGGAGCAGGAAGAGGAGCAGAGCGACGUGGAGAACAAGCUUCAGACGUUUCUGCUACGGUCAUCUCUGACUCCAGGAGGGUAAAAGAGCAGAGGGACCUCCCUUCUGCCGCCCUCACUCCUCCUCCCGUGGAGGAGAGAGACCCUUUACCAGUAGUUCAUGAGGAGGGCAAGAAAAAGACUAAAUCUCAGAAGAAAAAUCUGAAGAAGAACCGUAAAGAGGAGGAAGGGGCAUCUGGAGAAGGAGACCGUAGUAACCCUGAGCCCCCGCCCUCCUCCACUGUGGCCGAAGCCCCCCAGGCUCUCCUCUCACCUCGCAAGAUAACCAAGAAGAAAGCCUUAGAAAGGAAACGCAAGCGGUCACGGGGUCCCGAGUCGGAUGUUUCUGAGGACGAGCUGGUAGCCCAACCCCCCAUCAGCAAGAGACGACGAGGCCCACGUACACCCCCGCCAAUCAACAAGGAUGACCUUCCUUCCCAGAGGGCUUUAAUGGCUGGACAGAGUUCUUUUCCAGCUAAACUGGAAGCCAACUUCAGUGACUGGUCUGAUGAAGACGUACCAGAGCGAGGUGAGAGCUCCUCUGCCUCCCUGCCAUCCGAUAGGCCUCCGGAGAGGCUGCUUCCCUCAGAGCGUCUCCCCAGAAGGGGUGCACGUGGCGGGGUCCGGGACCGUACGGACCCCCCAAUCGCCCCGCUGCUCCCUGACCCUCCGAUGCUGAUACAGUCUCUUCCUUUACAACCGUUACUGCCACAACACAUGCUGCGUAAACCGCAGCAAGCAGACAUGCAGCAGCAGCGUAGCAGUAGCAUGGGCAGCAACCAAAGCCGUGCGUCUUCGCGAAGACUACGCUCGCCCUCCAAUGAGUCGGCUCACCGGGAUGAAGGCCCUCAGGGGCUUAGGCCCCGCAGAGGACUUCUCCAAGGUGGCAAUUCCCGGGAGAGAGACAGAGAACGGGAGAGGGAGAGGGAACGAGAGAGGGAGAGAGCAGCGGUCAGUGAACAGAUGGGAGGAGAGAGGAAGUCGAGGAUUGAUCAGCUUCGGAGAGGAGAACCCAGUCGGAGUACUUCCUCAGACCGGCAGGACUCUCGGAGUCACAGUUCUCGUCGUAGUUCACCAGAGUCUGAGCGUCAGGCUCGCUCCAGAGCCGGCUCCUACGACAGCCGUGAACGUGACCGAGAACGGGAACGAGAUCGUGAACAGUUGGAUCGAGAGCGUGAGAAAAAGGAUCACCGCCAGCUGCAAAAUCAACAAACCCAACAGAGAGAUUGGGAACCUGAACCUCGUGAGUGGGGUGGGCGGGGCAGAGAGCCCCUCCUCCGUGGCAACCGGGAUCCAAUGAGAGAGAGAGACUUGCGGGAGAUGCGUGAUAGGGAACGACUGUUACCUGAAGGACUGCUGCCACAUGAGCGAAUGGAUCGUGAGCGUGGUGAAAGGGACCGUGAACGGGAAAGGAUGCUUCCGUUUGACCUUCAAGCUCACCGGGAACCAAAGAGCAGAGGUGAAAUUAAAAUGGAGAGAGGAGAGUAUGAACCUCUGUUACCCAGAGAAGCCCUCAUGGAUGUAGAUAAACCAGCCGACAAUUCACAUCUGCAAGGGGAAACAUCUGAAUUAGAGAAAAUGGAUAGUCUUGAUGAAGAAGAGGAUGGAAAAGGGGAAGAGGUGCAGUCUGUUGUGUCAGGUGGUGAGGAAUAUGAGCCAAUCAGUGAUGAUGAACUGGAUGAGAUUCUGGCAGACAGUCAGAAGAGGGAUGACCAACAAGAUGAAGAAAAGAUUUCUGGGCCUCUGGAUGUGAUUGAUGUAGAUUGGUCCAGUUUGAUGCCCAAGCAAAAACAGGAGCCCAGAACUCCCGGGGCAGCGCUGCUGCGGUUUACCCCAGGGGCUGUGCUCCUCAGAGCAGGAGUGUCCAGACGCUUAGCUGGGCCUCAGCUCCUUGCCAGAGUUAAAGAAGUGUGCUCCAGAGAGUUGGAAGACCCUAAAGAUGCUGAUAAACUCUUAGAGCAUGAUCUGGGUGCUCUGAACAUGGCUGCAUACAACAGACGAACGGAGAGGGCCAACCUACUGAGGAGUCUGGGCCCUUGCUGCAAGGCGCUGUGUGCUCGCCGAGACAUUGCCAUACGUAGACAGCUCCUGAAAAAUGACAAGGGCACAACCAAGCAGAUCUACACCAGCGCUCCAGUGGUGGACAAUGAACUUGUGCAACUGAGUUUGCGUCUCUUCAAAAAGAAAAUGGCUUCCAGCCAGUCGAGUGGACAGGAGAAGCCUGAUCCCGCCUCGGCAGCCCAACAGCUCAGCACACCAGCAGAGCUGUGCGUCUCCUGAGCACGCUCAGUGAGUACAGUCUGAAAGAACUGAUCUCAGAUCGCUGUUAACCCAUACUGUCAACGAUUAUUGUAACACACUGAAACUGCUUUUAAAUCAGUUCUGAUGGAGGAUUGCUGCCCUAAACCUCAGAAGAACCACAGAACCAUAGAGACUGGAAAUACUAGCCUGUGGAUAUGCUGUCGGUUUCAUGACCCUUGAACUUUGAAUCAGAAGUGAAAACUAUGUACUGCAUAAGGAACUUUGUCAUUUACAAUUGUUUUAGAGACGUUUUUUGUAAUGUCAGAUGUGUGAACAACAGUUGCUGAAUGUUUGUGAGAUAUACAAUGGGUACUGAAGAUGUUCAAUAAAAUAACCGUAUUUGUUAUGUGCAUCUAACUUUUGUUCCCCUUUGUCUGCUUUGUUUUGAAAAAAAUUUGUGAUCAGUCUGUUUCAGCACUCUUGUUCUCAGUGGUUCCUUGUUUUAUUAAAAGAUGAUUCAAGAAAA